CAAGAGCGCCCAACAGCUAUGAAGCUUACUCAAGGCACGCUAGGGAAGACCAGGAGGCGUCCGGAUGGGGCCCAGAAUGGCUUCAUGUCAGCGCUGUGACCAAGUCGCACAACCACACGCCCGAGGCAAUAAGACCACUCGCAGUAUAUAUACAAUAGCACCUAUACUGGCAGCAACCAGGCCCUGGCUAUCGGCGGCAGUCGCGGUUCAAGUGCCGAAAUUUGCGGAGCCUCAAACUGCGCAGCCAGUCGAUGCGCAUAUCAACGUCGGCGUAAACACAUGUAACCACAGAGACAAUUUUGCGCUGAAAGGACGUCAGUGGGCGGCGUUGUUUUGGACUUCCGGCGGCCUCAGUGGGAAACUUGAUAGCUCUGUUAUUGUAGAUGGUAUAAUAUCAUGUUAGAGUGGUGCUGAAGCGGUCUCCCGCGAAAACUCAGCGCGACGGGCCUUGAGGCUUGACGCGACAGGUCAGGCCGACACGACCCGCGGAGGCGCGGCAGAUGCAGUUCGGGGGGUUCGCCGGCCCCUCACGAGCUUCGGCAUCGGGCAGUGCAGAGGCGCCGUCAGCGUCAGCGUCCGGCGCACAGCGGAGCCGGUUUACCCGCCACACGCCGGCACCCGCACCGGCGUGCAUCGGCCCCGAGCACAACGCUGCACCGGCUGAGGGCGCCAGCGCUAGCAGCUCAGCUGGGGGCCGCUAUGGCAGCUACCACACAGGACUGGGGCCGCUGGCCGGACUUAUCAACAGGCCCCGUCGGCGGCACGUUGCAGGCGGGGUAGCAGCGGCAACGGCGGCGUCGCUCACAGCGUUGCCGCAGUGCAGGGCGCCGUUGACGGCGCUACCGGGCCUGCGCGCAACUGCAUCAGUUUGCAGAGCGGCGGCAGCGGCAUCAGGGUCCGGCUCAGCAGCGGGCGCAGAUCUUUGCAAUGCCCCCCUCGCCGGCGGCCUGCCGCUGCGUCUGCGGUUGACGCGGUGCCACGCGUUCGGCGCCCGUGGCGGGCAGGGCGGCGGCGACUCGGACGGCGAGGCAAGCAGCAGCCUGUCGGGCGCCAAGAUUAACUGCAGCGAGUGCGGCGAGCCCCUGCGGCUGACCAAUGUGAAGGGGCACUUCGAGCGGGGCUGCCGCAAGCUGCCAGCCGGCGUAACGGAGGACGAGCGCAGCCAGCUCAUCCGACAGCACGAAAAGAAACUGAGGCGGGCCAACGGGCUUGACGGUGACGGCGGCGGCAGCGGGCAUGGCAUGCUGCCGUCGCGGUCUGCCCGUACGCGGCGGACGGACUCCCGCAGCACCAUGGUCAUGCUGCGGGACGACAACUCGGGUAGCUGCAGCGGCAGCGAGGAUGGGGCCGAGGGCCAGGGGGAAGCGGAACGGCGACAGGGCGGCCGGGGUGCGCCAGGCGCGAGCGGGGCCCCGGGGUCUGUGGCCUCCCGCAGCAGAAACCCGGGCCACAACUCAGCCAGCGGGACCGGGGUUGGGAGCAGCAGCGAUGCCAAUGGCACCAGCAGUGCAGCGGCGGGAACAGCACGGAGUAGAAGCGGCAGUAGCACAGGCGCUGCCGAGGCGAGUAGCGGCUCCAGCAGGAACGAUGCUGGCGGUAGCGCCAGCGGCAAUGCCGUUCCUGCCGCUGCGGGCGCUUCCAAACGCUCGACUGCCCGCAGCAGCCCAAGCCGCUGGACGCGCCCUGCAAGUGCCGAUGACGGUGGUGGUGCUGGCACGAGCGUCCUGGACCGGCCCCCCGGUCCCAGCGACGCCACAGUGCCGGGCAGCGGCGACAGAGAUGGGCCCGGGGCAGCAGCAGCGGCCGCUGGGGGUGCGCCAUUGCGGGGUGAUGUGCUGCCGCUGGCCUCGCAAGCUGACAUGAAUGCAGGGGCGGCUCUGGCCGACUUGCAGCUGCCUGUGGACGCCGCUGCAGUUGCGGGGCUGACGCAGGCAGACGGGCUGCUGCCGCAGCCGCUGCAGGGCUCGCCUUCGGGUUCGCCGCCAGGAUCGCCCCCGGCGGCGUCCACCUCGCGCCCGGAUUGGUUGAAGGUCGGGCCGGUGGCGACGAGUGGCGGCGGCGCUGGGCGGUUACCGGCGCCGUCAUCGGCGCCGUCACCUCCGGCUGCGCCGUUACCGAGCGCACCGACGGCAUCGCCGGUUGCUUCCUUAUCUGCCAGUGCGGCGGUGCCGGUGCAGCUGGGCACCGGGCCGGCGGUGAAUAAGCCCGCAGGCGCGCUCGGCACCUGGAAUUCCAUGACCGUGACUCAGCACUCGCGGACGUCGGGGGCAGGCAGCGUGUCUCCGCCCCUGUCGGAGCAGCGGGAUCCGUCCAAACGGCCCGAGCAGACAGCAGCCCAGCCGCGCGGGACAGUGCCCGGGGCCGCGGCGCCGGCGCCACCCAGCCCAGCCAAGACACAGCCACCAGCACGGGGGCACGGGGCAGACACAAAGGCGCAGCAGCCAGCGCAGCCGCAGGCGCAGGGCCCAGGGCAGGAGCCCGACGAGGGGGUGCCGGUGCCCGUGCUGGACCCAGUCGCGGUGGCGGCGGAGGCCGCGCAUGUGGACAACGGGCUUACAGGCAGUCGCCGGGCGAUGGCGGUGGCGGGCGUGGAGGCUAGCGCGCGGAGAGCGGCGCCGGUGGCGGCGCCGGCAAGCACCGCGGGGCCGGGGACGGGGCGGGCUGCUGGCACAGGUGCUGGCGGGCAGUCUCAGGACAACGAGGUGGCACUGCGGGAAAUGAUGACGCAGAACGGCGGGCUGCAGGGCCGCACCAAAAAGGUCUACAAGACGCCCUUCAUCACUUUCCAUAACCCGCCUGGCUUUGACAGAAACGAUCCCUACUUCACCUCGCUCACGCCCGAGGCGCUGACCUGGCUGCGGCACACGCGGCGCAUCAGCGACGACGUUAUCCGCGCCGCCCGGCUCUACGUGGAGCCGGCGCCGCCCCUGCUGGACAAGGCCAGUGGGCGGCAGGUGCCGCGGCUGGCGCUGUGCUUCCCGUACUUCGUGCACGGCCGCAUCGUGAACGUGAAGAAGCGGUUCUUCGUGCCGGAGUGGGCGCAGCCCUUCAGCAAAAAGGACUUUCGAUUGGGCUACGGCUGCGAGCUGGUGGCGUACGGACACGACGACCUGAUGCGGCACAUCGCAGCGGCGGGCGGCGGCGGCGCGGUGACGGUGGUGGUUGUGGAGGGCGAGAUGGACAAACUGGCGCUCAACACGGUCGGGUACUGGAACGUCGUGUCCGUGCCUAAUGGUGCGGCGCUGGCCAAGUUAAACCCCGCCAACCCGGACGCGCCGCCUCGCCAGCAGUUCAGCAGCGAACCCGACCGGGCGGCUGCCGAGGAGGCGCGCUACUACUCGUGGUUGGAGUCGUUGCUGCGGCUGCUGCCCGACCCCGCCAAGGCCGUGUUCGUGCUGGCCACCGACACGGACACGGCGGGCCGGGGGCUGCGCGCCGAGCUGAUGAGGCGCCUGGGGCGAGAGCGGUGCUGGGAGGUCACCAGCUGGGACAACGAGUUCCUGGUGAACGCCCUGGGGCAGCUGGGCGCGCCAGCAGGCGGCGAGGACGCCAUGCACACACCGGCGCCGCACAGCAACGGCGCCACGUACGGCGCCGCAGCCGGCAGCUCGGCCAGCUCGGGGGAAGGACAUUCCGGUAACGGCAACGGGGCUGCUGCCGCCGCCUCUGGCAGCAGCGCUGUGGACACAGGGCGGCGCAAGGACGCCAACGACGUUCUUGUGCUGGACGGCCCUGAGCGGCUGGCGCGGCUGCUGGCGGAGGAGGCGCGGCCCGCCAAGCUGCGCGGACUGGCCACCUUCCGCGAGUACGAGGAGGCGCUGACCAGCUACUACCUGCAGGAGGACCCGCUGGCGCUGGGCGUGUCCACGGGCUGGCCCAGCCUGGACAAGUACUACCGGGUGGCGCCCGGGGAGCUCACCAUCGUGACCGGCAUCCCCAACAGCGGCAAGAGCGAGUUCCUGGACGCACUGCUGGUGAACCUGGCGGAGAACCACGGCUGGGCCUUCGCGAUGUGCAGCCUGGAGAAGGGGCCGGUGCCGCACCUCAAGGCGCUCAUCGAGAAGCGCAUGCGCAAGCCCUUCAAGACCACCAAACACAACGGCCAGUGGGUCCCCGCCAUGUCCAUGCCCGAGCUGGUGUCCGGGUUCCAGUGGGUGGCCGACCACUUCCACCUCAUCCGAUACGACGAGGCGGACGACACGGGGUCGCCCUCCAUCGACUGGGUGCUCAACAUGGCGCGCAUCGCAGUCAUGAGGUACGGCAUCCGCGGUCUGCUGAUCGACCCCUACAACGAGCUGGACUCACGGCGCGGGCGCGAUGUCACCGAGACCGACUAUAUCAAGGAGAUGCUCACACGGGUCCGCAAGUUCGCUCGCGAGACGGACUGCCACGUGUGGUUCGUGGCGCACCCGCGGCAGCAGCACGCCGCCAGGACCGGCGGCAAGGGCGGCGGCGGCGCGGGCGGCAGCUCGCCCGGUCUGUACGACAUCAGCGGCAGCGCUCACUGGUUCAACAAGACCGACAACGGCAUCGUGGUGCACCGCCGCUUCGAGGUGCGGGCGGACCCGCUCAGCGGCAAGGAGGUGCGCAUGGCGCUGCCCGAGGUGGAGAUCAAGCUGCAGAAGGUCCGCAACAAGGACGUGGGCACACAGGGCCAGACGUACCUGCUGUACGACCGCCCCACGGGCCGCUACGCCGACUGCGAGGCCUGGCCGGACAAGGCGCUGGACGGCGUGGAGCGGCGCAACAGGGACCUGGGCUACCUGCCGCCGUCGUCGCAGCCGCCGCAGCAGCAGCAGCAGCAGCAGGCCGCCGCGGCAACGCAGCCCGGUACUGCGGCGCUACCCGCGGCCGCCGGCGGCAGUGUAGUGGACACGACCGCCACCCCGGUGGCCACAAGCCCGCCGCAGCAGCAGGCGUCAGACUGGCAGCUGCAGCAAAAGCAGUACGCGCGGCUGGGCGGGCCCUACCCGCCGCCUUUUAAUCCACCGCCGCCAGAGUCACACACCCAGGCCUACCACCACCACCAAUACCCGGCGCAUGCGCGGCAGUCGGGGCCGGUGGGGCGGAACGGCACAUAUCAGCGCACCGUAGCCUCUGGAGCUACCACUCGAACCAGCUCUGCUCGGCCGUCCGUGGCGGGGGCCGCUCCAAUGAGCACACGCAGUACAACAUGGUCUCAAGGUGCUGCCGCCCGUGCCGCCAAGCCAAACAGCGCGCUUGCCAAGAAGAAGUCGAAUAUCGUGGGCGAUAAGGAGAAAAGGGCGCGCGAAGCGCGGAGUCGUGCCACGCAGCAGCCGCCGGAGGAAGAGGAGGAGGAGGACUAUGCGGCGCUGGCUGCGGGCGCACUGCAGGCGGAGAGGGCCGCGGGCAUUAGCUCCGGCGGCGGUGGCGGCGCCCUGGGCCGGACCAUGGGCGGCUUUCACCUUCAGGAAGAAUUGGAGGAUGAAUACGAGGACGAGGACGAGGAGGGUGGAGUGGGUGGGGUGGGCGGCAAGCGCACCCGCGGGGCGGGCGCGCCGCGCAUAACCGGGCGGCGGCGGGUGCAGGUGGAGAGGGACGGCCAGUUUGUGGACAAGCCCGAGGAGCGGCCAAAAAGUCUGGCGCAGACAAUCGCGGAGAACGAGGGCGGCUGUGAUGGCUGAAUGGCGGGAGAGCGGGCAGGACGUUGUGUUGUGUUGUGCGCCAGGUGCAGUCGGUUGAUGGAAGUGUGCAUGCGGCGACAGGCGUCAGCGGACAGAGCACAGGACUGCGGAUGCGACUGUAGGCAGAGGCAGGCUUCCAUCGGCCGUUACAUGCAGCGGCGGCGGCGGCGGCAAGCAUUGGACUGUAGAUCAGUGAUAGUAGGUGGACACUGGAGGCUGGGUGAAGGGCAGUUGGGUCGUAGAAGCUACGGCCCUGACAAGUGUAUUUCAGUCAUGUCUCGAGCCGAGAGUUUAAAGUAUGCUGUACAGUGAUGAACGUGUGUGUUUAGGAGGGAGGCCGGGAAGUCAGGCAGAGAGUGUCGGACACGGAUUGUAGACCACCAAUGUUAGCCAAAAGCAGUAGGGGGCAGGGGCCGCAUCCAGGUUGGCGUGUAGAGGCCCUGUAGAUGGCAUAGGCGCGCUCGGAAGGCGGGGGGUGUCAGCUUUGUACAACUGCAGAAUGGGCUGAGCCCCGCAGAUUUGCGCCAGUAUGGUAUUUCUUGUCGACGCCGCAGGCACGCACGGGCAGGCACGGACGGGUGGAUCUGGAUUCGGUCGCGGCGUCCCGGGACGUGGCUGGACACAUUAUGGCGGGCCGUGCCUGUACGAACCGACCCCGCCUAUGUCGGGUAGAUUAGGCAGACGGCUGCGGCCUCAGACUAGAGACGUGGCUCAGCCCACUUUUCCCAUGCAAGGGAAGACAUCUUGUGAAGUGUCCAGUUCUUUACGUAUGGCCAGCCCCUUAUGCUUUACGCAGGGGGGGGGGUAGAAAGCUCAAUUUCUUACCCCAUGCUCAAAAUUACAGAGCUUAAGGAGAGCAUUAUGCACGUGCUUUUAGUUUUUCAAGGGGGUGUCUGGUGAGGAAGUUCUGGGCCGCCAAAGUUGGGGGGUCGGUCCUCGUCCCUGGGGGUCCGUCGGGUUUCGGGAGCCCAUCCUGGCGGAUUUCGGGAAGCGCCCCACAAGCAGAACUAGGGGCCAAACGCAGCAUUGCGAGGCUCAUAUGUGUACGUUAUGACGUAGUAAGCACAAACCAAGCGUGGGAGGGCUAAGUUGCGCGUCCGGACGUGGACAUGUCGGGACAUGUCUCCACAUUCAACACAUGCGCACUGACACAGCUGGGCUCUGAAGCGCUGAUGCGCAUGAGUUCACGUCUAACAAGGCUGCCGAUGCACAUUGUCCAACCGUCACGAGGCAAAGAGUUGAGCGCGGGGUGGUCUGGGUCGAGGGGAUUUCCAUGGAUAGGAUCCCGCCCGUGACCGAAGUCUCAAGAACAGGACCGCUGAUGGCACGGAGUGGUAGUGCUCGUCAAGAGGAGUCGAUUGACACUACUUUGGUAUUAAAUGGAGGGGUUUUAACCCCUGAACAACAAGGUUUUGUCCGUCGGGGGGUCGGUCGUCCCCUCAAGGCCCGGGGGAUUUCGGGGCAUGGGGUCUGGCACUUUGUUUCCUACCCCCCCCCCCCCCCUGCUUUACGGGCAACAAAUUGAAGCUCUUGUCGCAGUCAGAUCCGCGUCAGCUUGGAGCCGUUCCAAAUGCAGUGCUAGAGCAACAGGAUGUGUAAGAAUUUGCUCAGGGUGUGAGUUGGCUGUGCCGAGGCGCCUCCAAGGCACGUUUGGGCACGUGUAACUCUCGCUAUGU